AUGGCGCCGCCGGCAGUGUUGAUGGUCGGCACAGGUGAGUACACGACCGGCUUCGUCUCGGGGGCUGCGUCCACCUCGGACAAGAAAGUGGGUGUGGUUGGACUGACGCUCUUCGACCUCCGCCGUCGUGGCAAAGUCUCGGACCUCUUCAUGGUCGGCGUCUCGGGCACAAAGUUCCCAGCGAUACGAGCACACCUUACGAAGAACAUCUCCGAGGCGUACAACGGGCUGGACGUUUCCUUCAAGUCGUUCCCCGCCGACGACCAAACGGACCCCAACGCUUACAAGGCGGCCAUCGACGCCCUGCCGCCCCGGUCGGCCGUGACGGUCUUCACGCCGGACUCGACACACUACGACAUCGCCAAAUACGCCAUCGAGCGCGGCCACCACGUCCUUCUGACCAAGCCAGCGACCAAGCUGCUGGCGCAGCACCUGGACCUGCUGGCCACGGCGGAGCGGGGCGGCGUGCUCGUCUACGUCGAGCACCACAAGCGGUUCGACCCGGCGUACGCGGACGCGCGGUUCCGCGCCGCCACGCUCGGCGACUUCAACUACUUCUACAGCUACAUGUCGCAGCCCAAGUCGCAGCUGGCGACGUUCAAGGCCUGGGCCGGCCGCGACUCGGACAUCUCGUACUACCUCAACUCGCACCACGUCGACGUCUGCGAGUGGAUCGUCCGCGACGCCGGGUGGCGGCCCUCGACGGUGCGCGCCAGCGCGAGCCGCGGCAUCGCCGAGAGCGAAAGCGUCGGUUGCGCCGCGGGAACAGAGGACACCAUCACGUUACUCGUCGACUGGACGCAGCCUCGCGAUCAAACCAAGCGCGCCACGGGCAUCUACACGGCGAGCUGGACGGCGCCCAUGCACGCGGGGGUCCACUCGCAGCAACAUUUCCACUACGUCGCCUCUCGGGGCGAGAUCAACGUCAACCAGGCCAAGCGGGGGUACGACGUCGUCGACGAGUCCGACCACAGUGGCAGUGCCCUGAAAUGGUACAACCCGUUCUACAUGCGCUACGCGCCCGACGAGCAGGGCAAUUUCGCCGGCCAGAGCGGCUACGGCUACGUCAGCUUUGAAAAGUUCAUCGACGCCGUGACGGCCCUGAACGACGGGACCGUCACUCUCGCCCAGCUCGACCAGAGGGGCGGGCUGCCCACCCUGCGCAACACCGUGCUCACCACGGCUAUUCUGGAAGCGGGGCGCCGGUCCCUCGAUCAGGGGGGUCGGCCGGUCGAGAUUCUCGUGGGUGAUGACGACGACAAGGUCGAACUCAAGUAA